AUGGAACGUUAUUUUCCUGAAAUUUUAGAAAAACUUUUUAAUGAAGCUGGUUGGGGCCGUAUCGAAUAUACGUUUGAUAAAACCUCGGAAGCAGCUAGAAUGGCAUUUUUGGCGUUGGAUCCUGAAAUAUAA